CUAACACAGCUCUCCUCUUAACAAGGUUGGAAACAACACAACACGCUUUCAAAUUCUACGUGAAAGCCCUUCAGACUGAUAGAGUGGGUUGUCCUCCUCUAGGGAAAAGCAUAUUGCCUGGAGCCUUUUCCCAAAAUCCAGUCAUGAAACUGGACCUCAAUAAGCGUUUUUCUUACAGAUAGCUGUUUUAUACCAUCCCUGGAAUCUUCUGAAGGCAAACUUGCUUUUUCAUGGGAAUGCAAUAAACUAGCCUGGUGGGUUUAACAAAAAAAGAGUUGGGGUGGUGGUGGUGGAAGGCAGCAACUGUAACUCAACACCAAGUGGAUUAUUCCAGGAAUAUCUCCCUUUCUACCAAUCAACUGGAAGCAAGCUAAGGCUCAGAACACAGCAAUGUCAUGCACCACUCCCCUUUCACAUCAGACAGUUUCCUAUUUCUUGAAAUGGGCUGUAAACAGACACAGGGAGGAGCUACGAAUUCACUCUGCCAACUGAAGCAGAAACUUUGUGAGUAAUUUACUAGAGGACAAACAAGUGCAGCUCACAUGCAGGAAAAACACCACGCUCUAUCACCGGUCCCGAAGGUCUAGGACAGUUGCGGGCCACGAAAGGGGGCAAAAUGCGAGCCCCUCUUGGUGUCCGUUCUUCACCUGAAAUGUUAUUUAUCAGCCAUAUUUGACUCCCCAGUACAAAGGAACAUGCGACCUGGAAUGAAGAAAAGCUGGUAACCAGCAGAAAAGACCUCCGACCCCGGGAACGUCACUAUGUGGAGCUGUGAAGCGUUCAAUGGUUCCAAACACACAGAGGACCAGGAUCUCUGCCACGACGUUCAUCUUGUGAUUACCGUUUUCUCUUUGCUCUACCUCGUCAUCUGCUUCCCCAUCGGCCUUUGUUACAAUGGGCUACUGGUCCUAGUCAACCUGUGCAACAAAGCCACAAUGACCAUGCCGGACGUUUACUUCGUCAACAUCGCCAUCGCUGGCCUCAUCAUCAACGCCAUCGCCCCCAUGUACCUGCUGGGACCUACCAACACAAAAUGGGCCAUCUGGAAUUUCAGCAACGAAGUCUACAUCACCUUGCUUAUUUUGUUCAAUGUGUCAUCUUUGGUGAUCAUGUACUCUACCGCGUUACUCAGUCUGGACUACUACAUUGAGCGUGCUUUGCCAAGGACUUACAUGUCCAGCGUGUACAACACGAAGCAUGUGUGUGGGUUCAUCUGGGGGGGAGCCAUGCUCACCAGCUUUUCGUCUCUCUUGUUCUACGUCUGCAAUCACGUAUCCACGAAAAUAAUCGAAUGCUCCAAAAUGCAGAACAAAGAGGCGGCCGACACCAUCAUGUUUUUUAUCGGAUACAUCGUGCCGGCCAUUGCUGUGCUCUACGCGCUUGUGUUGAUUUUGCGAAUACGCAAGGAGGCAACACCACUGGACCAAGACACUGGAAGGUUGGACCCCUCUGUGCACCGGCUUUUGAUUGCCACCAUCUGCACACAGUUCACUCUAUGGACACCCUACUAUGUGACUCUGCUGGUCAGGACGCUAUCCAGCAUGCAAGGAAAAGGGACGGAUGAAAACUAUAGCCGAGGAUUACAUUUUACCAACGGACUGUCCGUAUUUCUGGCCUUCUCCAGCAGCUUCGUCAUGCCUUUGCUGUACCGGUAUAUCAACAAAAACUUUCCGAGCAAACUGCAAAGGCUGCUGAAAAAACUGCACUGUGGGAACCAGCGAUGCUCGCACGAACGCACAGUGGUUCAGCAAGUUAUAACGUAGGUAUGAAGGAAUGCUGGUGGGCCCCAGGUUGCAGAGUUGAUUCUGGAGGCCACCGAGCAAGGAUGCUGAAAGCGGGGUGGACCCCGUACAUCAGCUCCUUGCUGUUUUAGCCUACACAGGUAGGGAAGCGGUUGAGAAAACUGUUGAGAAUCUGUCUGUGGGUUAAAAUAAUCGCUGGAUUUCAAGAGUUUCAAUGCACUGAGUCAGUUUUACAGUAUAAGCUUUGUUUUAGCAAUCUUGUGUGGAGAAAAACACCCACAGAAGGCUUUUGAGAGAACACCUAGCACUUUGUAAUCUUGUAGAAUUAAAGAGAGGUAAAAAAGAGGGGUAUUUUUAUGUUUCAUAUAAAAUAAUAUGAAUUUAAAAUUUACAAAGCAGUUUUAUUUGAAGGUCAGAGCAGCACCUUUUCAGUUAAGAUAAUAUCCAUUAAUAAUCACACUGGUCAAAUUGUGUAACAGCCUAGUAUGAUACUAAAUCCUUCCUAAUCUACAAAAUUACAAUUUAAACGAAACCUUGAUUUCUAACUCUAAAGCAGGUUGUUUGAAGAUUUCUCUUGGUUUAAAUGCAUUCGUAUUUUCCUACACUUACAAGCAAACAAAAAGGAUUUCCCCCCCUUUUCCUCGUUUUACAUUGUAAAAGCAUUUCGAUCAAAGUAUGCACUUUUGUAGAAAGAAAGCAAGAAGUCAAGACCCAGAAACGUUGCGGUAUCUAGCAAAAAUGAAAUACAGUUUAAAAUGAAGUCAGGUUUAAGGUGCAAACGAAAAAUCCAGCAGGAUUAAAAAGGGCGCCUCCCGGAUCACUCACAAAUUUGUGUUAAGACACACAACGUUCUUUCAACGGAUGAAUAGAUGUCCAGCAUUUCAGAAGUACGAUCGCUCAAAGGAUGCCUGUGAGAUAUUAACUGACCAAAGAGAUGGAAGAGAUAACGCAGGGGUGUGAAUACACAGCGUAUGGGAUUCACAGGGAACAGCAAGGAUUCUGAUCAUUCUGGCCCUAUUUUUAUGCUACUUCGGAUCCUACUUCCCUGGCUAAAUAGUGCCACACCUUUUCCAUCCCUUUGGUGGGACCUAACGACAAGAUAGCAUGAAGAACAAGUCUAGGAUAGGAUACUAAAAGCCACUCUACACACACGUACGCACAGGGUUUUCCUUCUGCUGCACCCUGCUAUCGCCAGAAAAGCUGUCCAAGAGGUUGGGUGAUCCCUCAGGCUAGCACUCCCUGGAAUGAGGUCUGGAAGAAGGGGUAAGGAGCUUCUCUCUGGAGGUUCGGAUGGCUUCCUGCAUGCAGGAAAGGGCCACCAGGCUUGGCUGAAAGACAACAUUUCCUCUCGUUCCACUGUCCUAGGAAUACUUGAGUCCAGUGUUUUUCAAACUUGCCAACUUUAAGAGGUGUGGACUUCAACUCCCAGAAUUCCCUAGCCAGCAUUCUGGGAGUUGAAGUCCA